AUGAAAAGGCAGGGGGCCAAGAUUUAUAACCUCUUUUUAAAGCGAUCCAAGUCUGGGACGAAUCAGGCUCAGGAUGAGAAAGAAUCUGGCACACACUGCCCAUCACCAGGUCAGUCAGAGCAGAGAAGCAGCUUCUCUGGUCUGAGAAGCAGUCACAUGCUCACUUCAGCAGUAAUUUUUCAGAUACAGGUUUCCUACCUGUUCGGCAACAUCCAGGAUCAACGUCGCCAGCUGAUCAAGACCAUGUGCAGCAAAUACAAGAGUAACAUGUCCAAGACCAUCACGCGGCACCACGUGAAUCACAUCUACGUUGAGGACAAGUACAAGAUCCUCUACUGCGAGGUGCCCAAGGUCGGCUGCUCCAACUGGAAGCGGGUUUUGCUGAUGCUGUCAGGUCAUGCGUCUGACAUUGAGAAGAUAACUCACCAGGGCACCUAUAGAGACCUUCCCCUGAAGACCCUGAACACUUUCGACCAAGCGGGCAUCAUGGAGCGCAUGGCCAACUACACUAAAUUUAUGUUUGUGCGAGACCCUCUGGAGAGAUUAGUAUCAGCCUACAGGGACAAGUUUGAGAACCACAACGCCUACUACCACACGUUAUUCGGAAGAGUAAUCAUUUCCAAGUACAGGCCCAACGCCUCCAAGUUGGCCUUGGAGUAUGGUGACGGUGUCACCUUCCUGGAGUUUGUGCAGUACCUGCUAGACAUGCCACCGUCUGUUAGCAAGGACAUCCACUGGGAGGCCGCCAACCGGCUGUGCAACCCGUGCCACAUAGACUACGAUUUCAUCGGCAAGUUCGAGAACAUGUCGGAGGAAUCCGACGUGCUGCUGCGCUCGGUCGGGGCGCCUCCGAACCUCAAGCUGCCCAACUUGAAGGACCGGAACCCAUCCGACGAGAAGACCUCGUUGAGCAUUACGCAGAAGUACAUGGCUCAGCUGGACUCUUUGAAGAGGCAACAGCUGUAUGAUUUGUACAAACUCGACUAUCUCAUGUUUAACUAUUCCAAACCUUUGCAAGAUCUACACUGA